AUGUCCAAAGCCUUGUGUUCCUACGCCUUUGACACCCUCUACACCCUUCUCCACGGCACAAGCCCCACCUCCUUAGCCAAGCACUUUGCCGUGCUCCAGGAGUCCCUGUCCGACUAUCCAUCCUCGGCCCCUGUAUUCGUUACCUGGAACCAAUCGGGCAGGUUACGUGGAUGUAUAGGCACUUUUGCCAGUGAGCCUAUAGAGAAGGGCGUAGCCAGGUACGCUGUCGUGGCAGCAAGGCAGGACACCCGAUUCCGUCCCAUUUCCAAGCUGGAUCUAAAUUCCGAACUCCUGGUGAGUGUAACCCUUCUAGAUAACUUCACCCAUAUUGAUGAGUGGGACGAUUGGACCAUUGGAUUGAACGGUCUCAGGAUAUCGUUGGACCUCGAGGGCUCUCACUACCUGGGAACGUUUCUACCUUCUGUUGCAGAGGAAGAAGACUGGUCCAAGGAAGACACUCUCUACUAUCUCUUGAUUAAAGCUGAGCUCUCUGGCAUCAGUCAAGACCGUGUGGUAGGCUUCUACAAGAAGGGCAUCAAGGAAGGCUGGCUCCACUUGACUCGGUACGACGGUCUCAAGCUGCAAUUGGAUUUUAGCCAGUUCCUCGAGGUCCGCAAGGCACUUCAGCCAUGA